GUCUCUUCAUCAGCCAUGAACGUAUGCCUGCUUCUCGCUCUCUGUUGCGCCUCCGUGGCCACCGUGUCUGCUAACGAUAUCCAGGACCAGAUCGACAAGUUUGCCGACGAUCUGUUCCACGUCAAAGAGGAAAUAGCCAAACUUAAAGAACGGGUAGAUUCUGCACGCCUUGCAGAACACGAAAUUCCCGAGGACCAUGACCGCACGAAACGCCAUGUUCUGUACUUCUCCGCCCCACCGACAGCCAUUGGAUCCCCGGGACUCACAGGUCCCCAGGGACAACCCGGACUUCCAGGAGAGGCAGGUCCCGAGGGGCCCCGAGGUAAUCCGGGUCUUAAGGGAGCUAUCGGUGAGCAGGGAGCUCAGGGUAUGGUUGGCGACCCAGGUGCCCCCGGGCCACACGGUCCAAUUGGUGAGCAGGGUCCAGUAGGUGACCAGGGAGCCCCAGGCCCCAUGGGCCCAGUCGGACCUCAGGGACAGAAGGGACUCACAGGAGAACCCGGUCAAACCGGCGCUCAAGGUUAUCCCGGAUAUCCCGGUGAGGCGGGAGAGCCCGGACUAGCCGGACCAGCCGGUCCCAUGGGACCAAAGGGAAUGCAAGGAAUACAAGGAUACGGUGGGGCCCCGGGACAGGACGGCGCUGUAGGUGAACCAGGACCCGUCGGAGAGCCCGGUCCAGAAGGAGCAAGGGGACCAGUCGGACCUCGCGGAGAGUUCGGACCUGCGGGAAAGCAGGGAUAUCCUGGAUACAAAGGACGACGAGGAGACAGAGGAUACACUGGAUAUCCAGGACCACGUGGUCCAGCAACUACCUAUUACUACGCCCCUGCUAUGGCCAGAUACGUUCCAGUUCAGUCUGCACCCUCCCGAUCUAAGGGAGUUUCAUACGCCCCAGUUGUUGCUGCGCCAUCUACAAUUUUUGCAGUGCAUCAUCCAAAAAGUGGUGCGAUGCGUGCACCUGCACCAGUUGUUGCAGUGCACCAUCCAAAAAGUGGUGAGAUGCGUGCACCUGCACCGGUUGUUGCAGUGCACCACCCAAAAAGUGGUGCAAUGCGUGCAAAUGCUGAGUCAUGGGGCGCACCUGCUCAAGUUGUAGCUUACUAUCAUAAUAAAGAACAAUAAAAUAUUUGGAGAAGU